AUGAAGUUCGACUCCUCCAUCCUUCUCGCCUCUUUGGCAGCGUCCGCUGUUGCGGCUCCAGCUCCUUUCACCAACACCGGUCUUGGAAAGCGAUGGGUUGACACCACUGGUGGUCAGAAGAUGCCAGCACACUUCGUCUCUACCGUCCGCAAGCUCUCUACCGAGAAGCUCAAGACCAAGCGUCAGCUUGACCAACUUCUCGGUGGAUUGACAGGCGGUGCUGGCGGAGCUGGGGGUGCCGCUGGUGGAGCCGGAGGACUUGGUGACCUUCUCGGUGGCCUUGGUGGCGGCGCUGCUGGGGGUGCAGGCGGCGCAGCGGGCGGAGCGGGAGGAGCAGCGGGCGCAGCUGGGGGCCUUGGUGAUCUUCUCGGUGGACUGAUGGGUGGUGGUGCGGCUGGCGGCAACGCAGCUGGUGCUGGUGCUGCCAACACUGCUGCUACCGGCGCUGCAAACGGCAAAGGGAAGGGCAAGGGCAAGGGAAAGAAGGGUGCUGCUGGAACAACUGCUGGCACUGCUGGUACUGCCAACAGUGCUGGUGUUAACGGCGCUGCAGGUGCAAACAACGGCACAGCUGCCGCAGGUGGCAACACUGCUGGAAACAGACAGGCUGGUAACGGACAGGCUGGUAACGGACAGGCCGGUAACGGACAAGCCAAUCUUCCCACUGCCGGCGCUGGUCAGGGCCAACAGGGUACCGGAGCUGCCACUCCCCCAACCCCUCCCACUGCCGGUCAGCAGCCUGCUGGUCUCGCUGGUAACGCCGCUCCUUCUGCUCCUGGUGCUGCUGGUCCCGCUGGCACUGCCCCUCCCGCUCCCCCUGCGAACGGUGCUGCUCCUCCUGUCCCAGGCCAGCAGACUGGUACUGGGGUUGCAGGAACCGGUGCUGCAGGAACCGGUGCUGCAGGAGCUGGAUCUGCUACUGGAACUCAGCAAGGAACUGGUGCUGCGGGCACUGGCUCUACCACCGGCACUCAGCAAGGUCAGCUUCCUCAGGCUGGCUCGGCUGGCUCGGCUGGUGCUGGACAGUCUACUACUGGUUCUGCUACUGGAAACGGUGCUACUGGCAACACUGGUGCUAACACUGGUGCUGCCUCUAACUCCGGUGCCACUGAUGCCAACGGUGCUAAAGGUGCCAACGGUGCGAACGGCGCUACUGGCACUUCAAACGGUGCAAACGGUGCCAACGGUGCCUCUGGCAACGGAAAGGCCUCAGGCGGCAAGAGCCAGUCUGCUGCCGACGCCGAUUCUGCUCUCGCCGACUCCCAAGAGGAGGACUAG